AGCUAAAGUUUUGCAAAACGCCAUACUUCCCUAACACAGCCAAACACUUCGACAACACGAGAAGGCCCUCAACCCUGUGUGUUAUUAUUCGGGCUGCCGUCCGGAGCUAAGAUGGCGUCCGUUGAUGUGUAUUGUGUGUGCGGCCAGCCCUACGACCCAAACCAGUUUAUGAUACAGUGCGAUGUCUGCAAAGAUUGGUUUCACGGAAGUUGCGUGGACGUUAAAGAGCACGAUGCGGGCGACAUCAUCAAGUACCACUGCCCCCAAUGCCAGCUUUCUUUCGGACCAUCUGUUUGGAAGCAGAGGACAAACUGGCACCGCCACGAUUAUUCUGACCCACAUGCCAGCAACAAGGCGGUGCAAACAGGUACUCACGUUUUCAUGAAGGAACUGAAGUCGAGGCACUUUGAGAGUGCGGAGAGCAUAGUGACUCGACUCAACGGUGACCAGUUCAAUCUCCAGUACCUGUUGCACAGUGGCUUCACCAAUCCCGUUUUGGUGACCAGAAAAGAUGGCCUUGGGCUGGUGAUGCCCCCUGAAGACCUCACCGUCAGUGAUGUCAUGGACUACAUUGGACCGGAUUUCAUGCUGGACGUGAUCGACGUGAGGAAGCAGGAAGACCUCAAGAUGACCAUGUCCGAGUGGGUGGAGUACUUCAACAGCUACGAUCGGACCAAGGUCUUCAACGUCAUCAGCCUCGAGUUUUCCGACACGCGGCUGUCGGAUUUUGUAAGGCCCCCAUCGCUGGUGCAGCGCAUCAGCUGGGUGGAGAACUGCUGGCCGUCGCACGUACCCAACAUCGGCCCCCACCAGCGGCCCGCCGUCAUGAAGUACUGCCUCAUGAGCACCGAGAACAGCUACACGGACUUCCACGUAGACUUUGGCGGCUCCUCCGUCUGGUACCACAUCCUCAGGGGUGAGAAGAUCUUCUACCUGAUUCGUCCGAGCCCAGCCAACAUGAGCCUGUACGAGCACUGGAUGGCCUCCGCCAAUCAGAGCGAGACGUUCUUCGGGGACCAGGUGGACGCCUGUUACCGGCUCUCUCUGGUGGCCGGACAGACCCUCUUCAUCCCCACGGGCUGGAUCCACGCCGUGUACACCUCCACAGACUCCAUGGUCUUUGGGGGAAACUUUCUGCACAGCUUCAACAUCGGGCUGCAGCUACAGGUCUAUGACCUAGAGAAGCGGAUCGAUGCGCCACACAAAUAUAAGUUUCCUUCCUUCGAGACGGCUCACUGGUUUGCAGCAUCUUACGUCAUUGAGCAGCUCAGAAGUGCGACCGCGUCGGAAUUUGAGCCGCCAUCGUUCCUGGUGGUCGGUGCCAAGGCCUUGCUCACUGCCCUUAAGAACUGGACCCAAGAGCCGGAUUGCAAGUUGGACACCAUUCCCAGCGGCAUCAACGUGCCCAAGCUGCUCAAAGACCUUGCAAAGGAGGUCAGGGCUGCAGAGAAGAAACUGAGCGUCAAGACCAAGGCAGAGAAGGCGUCCAAGAAGGGCAAGCCGAGCCCUUCCAAAGCGGUCAAGACCGAGGUCCUGGAAAAUCUCACCCCAGGAGCCGGAUCCAUUGGGCUCAACCUCAAGGUCAAACUGCCCGUCAAGGCCACGGGCGGCGCCAAGUUCUCAGGAGGACUUAAGGGCCGGGGCUCCAAGAAAGGCCAGGGCGUCAAGCAGGAGAAGAAGACUGUGGCGCCCCUCCAGAAGGAGUCGGUGUACGACUUCAACGACUCGGACGACGACGGGCUCGUGGUAGACGAGAACCCGCCCGUGCAGUCCCGCCGGUCGUACCAGCGGGCUGUGGCAGUGCCGGCCACACCGGCCCUGCCGCCCAUCUCCACCUUCAGCAGCAACGCCUCCAUGGGUAACUUUGCGGCCGCGGCCGCCGCGGCAGCCGCUGCCGGGAGCACCUCCAUGGCGGCCGUGACGGACCACCACGACUCCAAGCAGGGGUCCCUCAAGCUGCGUCUGUCCUUCAAUGGAAAGUCGAUGCUGGAGAAAGCGACGCCAACGAAGGCGGCUCCGGCGGCCAAAACGAGCGUCAGCGAGGAGGCCUCCGAAAUCCCCAAGAACGGGACCAUCGACGAUCUCCUGUUGGCCUCCAGCAUCGCUCUCGACACAGACAGCACGAGGGUCAGCCUUGAAGAGGAGCUCGGGGGCGGGCGGGCAUCGCCGUCCACGCGGGACGCCAUCCAGGGGAUGCUGUCCAUGUCGAAGAGCGCCUUCACUUUCGGCACCUCGGACGGCCCGAUGGGGCCCACGGCACAGGAGCUGCUGGAGGGGGGACCCCUGAGCACGGGGCUGGCCCGCGUCAAGGGCAUGUGCCCCCAGAAGGGCUGCAGCCUUAGCCCUCGGCGGCCCGGCCCGGCCCCGGCCGGGGGCCGGCGGGGCCGGCAGAGGCGGCGGGAAGGGGACGAUGAGGACUUUGAGGAGUCCCUCAAGAAGUGCCACCAGGACGAGGAGUAUGUUUAUCCGGGGCUCGAGGCAUCGGACGACGAGCUGCAUGUCUUCAAACCCAGAGGGCGUUGGAAGCGGGACGAGGCCUGGAACCCCAAGGCCAAGCUGGUCCCCAACUGCCCCAAGCCGUCCAGGCCCAUCAGGGAGGGCACCAAGAAGGAGGCCGUCGAGACCAGCCUGGCCGAGGCGGCCGCCAAGCUGGCCGAAAAGCCCCCCCCCAAGCGGCCCUACCAUCGCAAGAAGGCCCAGCCCUCCAGGGCCAACAAGGACAAAGACCUCGAUGUGUUUGAUGCCGGGCCUUCAACCUCGUCUGCCUCCAGCAAGAAGUCUCCCUUGCCUCCCGAUGCCUUCAGGCUCAAAAAGCCGAAGAAAGGAUUUGCCACGGCCAAGCAGCGCCUGGGCAAGAUCCUCAAGAUCCACAAGAUGAUCUACUGAUGCCCGAAACUCCCCGCGCCAGGCAGAACUUUGGCGUCACGUGUACAUAGCCUCUGCCACGCCUUCACGACCAUUUUAAUUCACCGUCACGAAAAAAAAGGACUCCUUCCCCACACCGUUUUUCUUUCAUUGUCACCCGAGAGGGUUUUUAAAAAAAAAAAUAUAUAUAUACAUAUAUAUACUAUAUGUUAACAGAAAGACCCAUUUCUACACUUUCAAGUUGACAGGAAAUGGAGCGGUGUCGUUGCAUCAAAGCUAUUUCUUCCCUUGUCCCGGUAGCUAGCAAUGGGUCCUGCACCAAGCCUUACGUAGACUUUUUUUUUUAUUUCUUUCGUUUUUGAUACAUGCAUGGGAUCAAGGCUGUAAAGGUGUGCUUACGACGUGGUUUUGGAAGCUAGACUGUAAUGCAGUUGUCCUGCUAGUUGUACAUAGAGAACAAUGAGACAGUGCUACGCUGUAGAUAGCACUGUAUUCGCUGCUUGCAUUUUUCGUGUUGUGCCAGGUGUUGCUUUGAAGUGCAGUGUUCCCAGGGGCUUUCUUUUGCUCUUUCCACCUUUUUCGAAGGCCAACGGGAGUAGGGAAGAACUCGAUUCUGUCCGUCUAUCCCAGAACGGAGGGAGCCUUUCCUCCGUUAAAGACUGACGGCCAGACUCGAGAUUCUGCAAGGCAGAAGAUCCUCCUCACCAUGAGAGAGGAGGAAACAGGCAACGAUGGACAGGGUAGAAGGGGGGGAGAGGAGGAAGUGAGGGAAAAGUGGAAAGCGCGAACUGGUCGUCGGCCUUUAAGUGUGGAAUAGCCCCCUACUUCGCUGCCUUUGGGGGACGAGGAAGGGAGUAUGAGGCAAGGAAACAGGAGAUAGAUUUUCAGCCAGACUGAAAAAGGAGUUUAUAAAUUGGAUUUAAGCUUGCAGCUCUCAAGCUGGCAAUGCAUUUUUUUUUUUUUUUAUAAUUUAAGGAUUGACGUGUGUUUAAAGGUUUUGAUUGGUGCCUUACAAAAACAUUUGAAUUCUCAAUUUACUUGUGCUUCGUGCGUCUGCUGCAAAACUUUGUGGGAUAAAAUGACAACUUGUCAUCCUGACAUUUUGUCUACAAUCAAAGGAGUUUGGAAGAGUGGUUACUUUGGAAUGGGGGUUUCUCCUGUGGUAGACUCUACGUCAUGUUUGGUUCUUCCCUUCCCUUGGGUACCGCCCCAGGGAAUCUAGGUAAACAAACAAGGUUAAGCAUGAGGGGGCUUUUUUAGUAAUAUGAGGCCAGCUUUUGCAUUGGUUUUCUUGCAAUAAAUUUUGUGCAAGUCCCAAGCUUUUGCCUUGCCUACUGCAAAAUUUAUUAACUGCGAGUAAAACACCGAUUUAAUGGUGCUGAAAUCGCAGAUAGAACUUUCUUCAAUGGGACACAAUAUGCAACUUCUGAAGCAAUGCCUGUAAGAACACCUUAUCCCCCAUUUUAAGGUAUGAAGUGUAUGCAUUAUUGCCUAUUUCUUUUUUUUUUUUUUUUUUAGAUGUACAAGGUAGUGCAUGCCAGAUUGUAAUGGAUUGUGAUGUAAAUUCUGAUGGGGCAGAUUGACCUUACUAUGUUCAACAAGUGCUCCAAUUUUUUUUAAAGUUGUUUUUGUGCUUUUCAUGGACAUCAUCGUAUAAAUACUAAGCAACAAAUGCAUUUUUGUGUUUAGCAACUUGAAAUGCCUCGGCUUAUUUUCAUCUACAGACAUUCAGUCGAUAAAUGUAUGUAAAAAAAAAGGAGUAAAACCAACCUUAUUCUAUCAGAGUCUGCAAUUAUUAUGCCGAAAUAGUGCAUUGUUUUACAUGCACUUUAAUUUUAAUUUACGGCUGUAAAUAGUGCUGUACAUAGGGUGUCUUUUAAAAUAAACACUCGCUUACAAUCCUGCA